AUGGCCUUGUCCAAUUCAUGGAAGCGACCGGCCCUUGUCGCCGUGGUCUUCAUAAUACUAUUCCUCCUGCUGCGACAGUCGAGUGUUUCGCCGAGCACCCCCGAGGUGGCACUUACUGCUGAAGAGGGACGACCCUCUCGAUCAUACCCUCCCCCGAAAGCUCCCAAGCCAGCUCACGAAGCUCAACAGCUCAUUCAUGAUGUACCGAGCAAGUCCCUCGACGAAAAACUACGAUACCACUUCCCCUACGACAUCGAAUCGAAAUUCCCCGCGUACAUAUGGCAGACAUGGAAAUAUGGACCUGAUUCGGGAAAAUUCGAAGAGAGGUUAAGACCGUUCGAGGCAUCAUGGACCGCUCUCCACCCUGGGUUUGUCCAUGAAGUGAUCACAGAUGAUGCCGCGCUGCACGUCAUUAGUUACCUGUACGCAUCAGUACCGGAAGUUGUUCAAGCAUACGAAGCAAUGCCCCUCCCUGUCAUCAAGGCUGAUUUCUUCCGCUAUCUCAUCUUGCUUGCCCGCGGAGGUAUCUACAGCGACAUUGACACCCAGGCACUGAAGCCUGCCACCGAUUGGCUGCCGCCGAACCUGGACACGACUACAGUUGGAUUGGUGGUUGGGAUUGAGGCUGAUCCUGAUAGGGAAGAUUGGAACGACUGGUAUGCUAGGAGAAUACAGUUCUGCCAAUGGACAAUUCAAUCAAAGCCGGGACAUCCAGUCUUGCGCGACAUUGUGGCCACCAUCACCGAAGACACGCUCCACAUGAAAGAGGCCGGAAGGCUGCGCAAAGGUAAAGAACCGCCGAAAAGCAUCAUGGAGUACACGGGACCAGGGGUUUGGACGGAUGCCCUCUUCUCAUACUUCAACGACCGAGAGUACUUUGACUAUAGCGCUCGGGCGACGAACGUGUCAUACUCGGACUUUUUCGACAUCAGGGUGCACAAGAAGAUCGGGGAUGUCGUUGUGCUCCCCAUCACCAGUUUCAGCCCGGGUGUUGGCCAAAUGGGAGCUGAAGGGCCCGAGGACCCAAUGGCCUUUGUGAAACACGAGUUUGAUGGAUCUUGGAAGCCGGAAAGCGAACGCAUGAAAGAUGACUGA